AUGCAGCACCUCCAAGCAACACCAAUCGCCGUCAGCCGCAUCUACUCCCACGAUGCGCGGCAGUGGCUCGACAUCAGUGGCCUCCGGCCUCCACAGCGGUCACUACUUCCCUUCCAACCGCAAAUGGGCAUGCCACAGCCCUUUAUUGCACCUAUAGUGCCGUAUCAACAACUGCAACACCAGCAGUACGUUCCGCAGCUGCAGCAACAGCAACAACAGCAGCAACAGCAGCAACAGCAACAACAACAACAACAACAGCAACAAAUCCUCUCGGGGGCGAAGAGGAACCACUUCUCCCCCUCAAAAUCCCACGAGGAGCAACCCCCUGCUCCAAAGAGACCCCGUCUCUCCUCUCCCUCUACCGUCACCCCCGCAAAGCGCGGCCCAGGUCGCCCGACAAAUGCCUCCAAAGGCCUCCCUACAAAGCGGGCGCCUAGGAAGCCCAAAAACAAAUCUACCACCACCAUAACUACUACCACGACUGAGCAAAACCAAGCCCAACCCCUUUGCACGCCGGAUCCCGCACCGCAGGCAGUGUCGUACUAUCCGGGGUUUCUUCCCGCUGUCACGGGAUUUGUUCCAGAGCCUGUGGCGGUGAUGGCGGCAUUGGAGAGUGAGGUUGAUGCGGGGGUCAGAGCGCAGAUGGCUGCGUUGGAGGAGGAAGUGUUCAGGGGGGUGGUUGGCGAUGGUUUAGCGGGAGACGAGGGUAGGGAAGGGGAAGGGGAAGGGGAAGGAAAGCUGGGGGUGGAAGUGGCUUCGGUGGAAGCGGGGGUGGUGGUCGAGGAGGAGAAGGAGGAGGAUGAGGUGGAGGAGGUAGGUGCGUUUGAGAGGGCGUUGUUGGAUGGGUUGUGGGCGCAGGGGGAUGAGAAAGAGGCGCUGGGCGCUGAGGUGACACUGGUGCCAUCUGGGGAGGAUGAGGAGGUCGGUGGAGUAGAUGCGUUUGAGAACGCGAUACUUGCUGCUUUCGCGGCUGAGGGGGAUGAGGAAGGGGAAGAGGCGCAGGCCGCCGAAGUGGCACCAGAGGUGCCUGAGGAUAGAGAGGAUUUAUUGUUUGGGGGUGAUUGUGAAGAGGGAGGUGGAGCAGUGACCGAAUUGGCACUGGAUGCUGCGGGAGGAGAAGCUGGCGCUGGCGCCAACGACGACGAUGAUAAGGAUUCUUGGUUUGGAGAUGUAACGGACUUGUUUGAGUAA